AUGAUUCCACUCCGACGAGCCGUUCUGCUGAGAAAAGCUACAAUCUCUGCUUAUGUCCAGAGGCUUGCGAACAAUAACGUACAACAACAAUCGCUGGAGAAGCGGAGUAAGCAAAAAUCGCUGGAGAAGCUCAGUGAGGACGCAACCGAAGACAAAAGUGCCAAUUUAUUGGGCGAGUCUGUUAUUUACGAUGAGUUGGAAGAGCAAUCGAAGCAAACAGACGUUACCAAUCGGGCGCUGUUAUCACGCCGUUUUUCGGCACGUGGGACGAAGAAAAAGGUAGUGGCUAAUCGUUUCCGACCGGUGAUUUACUCGGAGGGCGAACUGGAAAAAUCAGAUCUUUCGCAGCCUCCAUCAAGGUCAUUUUCAGUUGCUUUUCGAAGUAGAGGAUUUCACCGUGAAAAAUUUUUGCCUAGCAUGAAGCUAUUCACAUUUCUAAUUUGUAUUCAUAAGUAG